AUGGAGAUCCCUCCUAUGAGUUCACGGGCAAUUUGGUCAUUUCUUCUUCUCUCUUCCAUUCACGUUCCAUGCUUCUUCGGAUCUGCCUCCCCUCACUUCUCUAAUGAAACGGAUCGCCUUGCUUUACUCAAAUUCAAACAUCUGAUAACCAACGAUCCUCUCCAUUCCUUGAGCUCCUGGAACGACACUCUCCACUUCUGCCGCUGGCAUGGAGUCACGUGCGGUGGUAGUCGGCAUCCUCAAAGGGUCACGGCCUUAGAGCUCACAAACCAGAAGUUGGUGGGCCCCAUAUCUCCCUACAUAGCAAACCUCACCUUUCUCAGGAUAAUCGAUCUCUCAGCCAACAGUUUCCAUGGGACGAUUCCUGAAGAGAUUGGUCGCUUGUUCCGUUUGCAGUAUCUGCGACUGACUAACAACACAUUUAACGGAGAAAUUCCAGCAAAUCUGACCCACUGCUCCAAACUCAAAGCCCUUGAUCUUUACGGGAAUCAGCUCCAAGGUAGGAUUCCAACUGAGCUUGGCUCUCUAUUGAAGCUCUCCCAAUUGGACCUUGGUCAGAACAGUCUUAUAGGAAGCAUCCCACCUUCACUUGGAAACCUUUCGUUUCUCACUUCCCUUUUUCUCUCAGUAAACAGUCUGAAGGGCAGCAUCCCAGACGACCUUGGUCGGUUGGCAAACUUAGAGAAGCUUUUUAUUUCUCAAAAUGAAGUGUCAGGUACGAUUCCGACCCAGCUAUACAAUCUCUCCUCUAUUAUCAUUUUCGACGUGGGAUUGAACAGAUUGCAUGGAAAUCUUCCUCCCAACUUUGGCCUCAUUCUUCCUAAUCUCCAAGAACUUUACUUCGGCCAAAACCAAUUCACAGGACCCAUACCAGUUUCAUUAUCCAAUGCUUCCGGACUUGUAGUUAUUGAACUUGAAGACAAUAGCUUUAGCGGAUCCGUGCCUAUGAAUUUUGGAAGUCUCAAGGGUACUCUGUCCAAGUUACGUUUGUGGGGCAAUAAACUUGGAAUUGGGAAAGGUCGUGACUUGACUUUUCUUGAUUCUUUGACGAAUUGCAGUUCCGCAGUAAAAUUAUAA